AUAGUAGAUAAGAGAUAAAAGAGUAAUAAACACUGUAGAAGCUGUGCUCAUUGUUUACCCUCGACCUUCAACAUGGGCAACAGCUUCUCUUACAUGUUACCUCAACGUUUUUCCUACUAACUCACUACGACGACAAUGGGGAAGAAUAGAAAAGAAUACCAUGUAGAUGAAAUGGAGUCAUAUGGCUACAGCAGCAACACAAUGGACAGUUCCUCAAGUAGCAGCAGCAGUGAUUCUGGGUCCAGUGACAGUGAAAACAGUAAUAGCAGUGAAAGGGAGAGAAAAAAGAAACAUGUGAAAAAGAAAAGCUCCAAACUAAAGAAAGAGAAAAGAAUCAAAAGAAAUACAAGCGCUGGGAGUGAAGAGGAGGAGGAAGCAGAGUAUGAUGAACGAGAACGGCGGAAGAGGGCGAAACAUUCUAAGCACAAGAGUGAAGCUGAUGACAGAUACAUGGAUGAGUAUGAAACGAGAGAGGAACGAAAGCACCGAAGUAGUCGGAAACAUAAGCAUCAUCACCGCAAGCACAAACACAAGCAUCGACACCACCGACGCCAUCGUAGUGAAGAACAGCAAGAGAGAAGAAGAGAAGGGUCAAGAGAUAGAAGUGAAACGAGAAGAGGAAGAGAUGGGGAAGAGAGAAAGUAUAAAGACAGGCUUGAGUAUGAGAAACCAGAUAGAGAAAGAAGAAUGGACAGAGAGACUGACAGAAGAGAUAGAAGAGAAGAAAAGAAACAUAAAGAAAGAUAUGAAAGCAGGCAAGUCAAAAGCAAGUGGGAUGAAGAGGAGGACACUCAGUAUGAUCCGAACAAGCGCAUCAAAAUAGAAUCGGAUGAGGAUGAAGAUGAAGAUGAUGGUAGGGGUCAAACUAAUCAAAGAUCAGAGGAUGAUCGAAGGCGACACAAAACAAGAAAAGAUGAUGAAAGGGGAAGGCAGGAAGUUGACAGCGAACAGACAUCUGAGAAUGGCCGGCCUGAUUGGGAGAGAGUAAAUAAUAUAAAACAAGACAAUUCAGGAGCAGAGGAAGAUCGGCAAAAGCCCAACUUGGGACUCUCUGGAAAGCUGACCGAAGAUGCCAACACAUUCAAUGGUGUUGUUAUAAAAUACUCACAACCACCUGAGGCCAGGAAACCUAAACGGCGGUGGAGAUGGUAUAUUUUUAAAGGUGAGGAAGAUCUUCCAUUCCUCCCACUUCACCGUCAGAGUGCAUACCUCAUUGGCCGAGACCGCAAGGUGGCAGACAUUCCAACAGAUCACCCGUCCUGCUCUAAGCAACAUGCCGUCCUGCAAUACCGACUUGUCUCAUAUAACCGAGAAGAUGGAACCAAAGGUCGAACAGUGAAGCCAUAUAUUCUGGACCUUGAAUCAGCCAACGGGACUUAUGUCAACAACCGCAGGAUUGAUCCUCGCCGAUUUGUAGAGUUGCUGGAGAAAGAUGUUGUAAAAUUUGGUUAUAGCUCAAGGGAAUACAUCCUGCUGCAUGAAGGAUCAAAGGGUGAUGAUGAAAAUGCUCCAGAUACGGGUGUAGACCUGAGUCCUGUCUCUCUCCUCAGGAGUAAAUAGAAUGAGCCCUAAAAAUCCUGCAUAUAGUUCAAUCCUCUUGAGUUUGUGAGACAAGUUAAUACUGAAAGCACAUGUUGAUAAAUUUCAUACAUAAAUUCCUUCAGUAUAUUUUGCCUAUCCUGUCAGUGUCAUGAAAAUAUGCUUGAAACACUCCUCAUUCUUUAAAUUAUUUGAUUUUUAAGGAGUACCGGUACCAGCUAUUAUGUGAGUAAUUAUAUCAUAGAAUUACAUAGGCUUUGGAACCUAAGGGGAGUGCCAGGGGCACUUGCCCCUGCAAUAUGUAGAAAAAAAUAAUUUUAUUCAUUCAGUGCCCCCUUCUCUCACCAAGAGCUCAGCACCUUAAGACACUUGCCUCCCCCCAGUGACAAAUAUGUUCCUAUGCCUACAAAUUAUGCAGGACACAAAAUGAGCAUCUCAUUUGUGCAGGACAUCAUCAUUGAAUUAUUACAGUUUAUGAAAGAAGCUUGUGUAGUUGCAUGUUCAUUUAAAGAAUAUAUAUUUAUAAGCUACAA